UGAUGACAGCGCAUCCAGAACGGUCCUAAAGAAGAGGAGGGAUUUCCUCUCCUCCUCCUGCUGCUUCUCAACAUCCACCUCUUGCUCUCCCUGAAGGAUGAGUCUGCCGGCUGGUCUUGCACCUGCCUCAUCCUUCCUCUUUUUGCAGCUGGGUGGCCGAAAGGACCCGAUUUAACCCGGGAAGUCAGUGAGCAAACAAAGCUGAAGACGUUGUUCGUCAUCCACUGAUGCAAGGCUGCGUCUAGACAGCCGUGAGACAGCAUCUUCAGCGGUGGCACGUCAUUAGCACCACAAGUGGACAAGUCUCUGAGGAGGGUUUGCUGAUCACUGGAGUUCAGAGAGGAGGCCGUGGUGUCAUCUCUUCACAGACCCAUUUAAAGCUCACCAUGUCGGACAAAAGUGACCUAAAAGCAGAGCUUGAGCGUAAGAAACAGCGCCUCGCCCAAAUCAGGGAGGAGAAGAAGAAAAGGGAGGAGGAGAGGAAGAAGAAGGAGAAGUCAGACAGCCAGCAGAAAACAGAAGUGCCCCCCGUGGACUCGGACUUGGAUCGGAAGCGCAGGGAGACCGAGGCCCUGCUGCAGAGCAUUGGCAUUUCACCAGAACCUCCGUUAGUCCCGACUCCCGUGUCCCCUUCCAAGUCUGUGGGCACGCCCAGUGAGACGGGGAGUCAGGACUCGGCGGAUGGAGGAGCAGCAGGCAGGUCAGGUUUCUCUAAAAACAAGUCCCAAGCUCAGAUCUCAAGGACGCUGCAGUGGGACACAGACCCGUCUGUGCUGCAGCUGCAGGUGGACUCAGAGCUUGGGCGAAGGAUGCAGAGGCUGGGGGCCUCUAAGAUCACACAAGUGGACUUCCUGCCCAAAGAGGUUGUCUCCUACAGCAAGGAGACGCAGACGCCGUCCAACCCCAACCAGUCCGAGGUAGAGGAGGAAGAGGAAGAUGAAGAGAUGAUGGAGGCAAAGCCAGGCCCAGAGUCUGAGCAGCGAGAUGAAGAUGAAAGCAAGGAAACCAAAGAAGGCUCGUUCCCAUUCCUGCGAGAGCUGACGGAAGAGGAGAGGCAGCAGAUCCUGCACUCCUCUGAGUUCCAGAGCUUCUUUGACUGCAGCAUCCGGGUGAUGGAGAGGGCUCUGGCUGAAGACAGCGACAUUUUCUUCGACUACAGUGGCCGAGACCUGGAGGAAAAAGAGGGAGACUCAGGUAGUGGCUCCAGUUUGUCCUUCAGCCGACUCUUCUAUGACGAGCACUGGUCCAAACAUCGUGUUAUCACCUGUCUGGACUGGUCCCCUCAGUACCCUGAGUUGUUGGUCGCCUCCUAUAAUAACAAUGAAGAUGCUCCUCAUGAACCAGAUGGUGUUGCCCUGGUGUGGAACAUGAAGUUUAAGAAGGCAACCCCAGAGUACAUCUUUCACUGUCAGUCUCCGGUGGUUUCUGUUGGUUUUGCCAAGUUUCAUCCCAACCUGGUUGUCGGAGGGACCUAUUCAGGACAGAUCGUCCUGUGGGACAACCGUAGUCACCGUCGGACCCCUGUCCAAAGGACUCCCCUGUCCGCUGCAGCACACACUCACCCAGUGUACUCCGUGAACGUGGUUGGUACCCAGAAUGCCAACAACCUGAUCACUGUAUCUACAGAUGGCAGGAUGUGCUCGUGGAGUCUGGACAUGCUCUCUCAGCCUCAGGAAACCAUGGAGCUGGUGUAUAAUAAAUCCAAACCCGUGGCAGUGACAGGCAUGGCCUUCCCCACUGGCGACGUGAACAACUACGUGGUGGGGAGUGAGGAGGGCACCGUGUACACGGCGUCCAGACAUGGCAGUAAAGCAGGCAUCUGUGAGAUGUUCGAGGGCCACCAGGGGCCAGUUACUGGCAUCAGCUGCCACGGUGCGGUCGGCACCGUAGACUUCUCUCAUCUCUUCAUCACAUCCUCGUUUGACUGGACCGUCAAACUCUGGAGCACCAAGCACAACAAGCCCCUGUACUCUUUUGAGGACAAUGCCGACUAUGUGUAUGAUGUCAUGUGGUCGCCGGUGCAUCCCGCCACGUUUGCAGCAGUGGAUGGCAUGGGUCGCUUGGACCUGUGGAACCUCAACAACGACACAGAGGUGCCGGCUGCCAGCGUGACCAUUGAGGGCGCUUCGGCUCUCAACAGGGUCCGCUGGUCGUCAGGAGGGAGGGAGGUGGCUGUGGGCGACUCAGAGGGCAGAGUUUGGAUCUACGAUACCGGAGAGCUGUCAGUGGCCCACCCUGAUGACUGGGCACGCUUUGCUCGCACGCUGAUGGAGAUUCGGGCUAACCGUGCCGAUGGUGAGGAGGAGGGGCCUAUGGAGCUGGCUUCAUAGAGACCAACUCUAAGACUGAAGUGUCUGGAAUCAGAAACUGCAUUUGUGUUCGUUGGUGUCAGCAUAGUAUGUUCUCUUUGCUCGAUUUUGUUUCCUGUAUGCUAGUGAAAAGGCCAAACUUUUUAUUGUAAUUGAUCUUCUUCUGUCAUUUUAAGUGAACAUUGUCAGGAUUCUGGGUGGUGUGUUGCUUUCUACUAGCCUUAUGAAGUCGUGUGUACUGUAACAAAGCUUUUCACUAUGUUAAAGCAGGGUCAUAGACUUGUCCUGAAUUGUUUACAAAAAAUCCUUUUAUGUUUGGUUUCUUGUUUUAAAUCAGCAUGCAACACAAACCUGAACUACUCCAGAAACAGAAGCUUUAUGUUCACGUUAUGACACAACCCGCUAUCUAUGUCUGUCAUUGAGUCUGAAUAAGAAGUUCAGCUGGAUGUUCUGUAAUGAUCUGUAUCCGUUAACCAGAGCUAUCAUGUAACCCAGAGUGAUCGCUGUGAAAGAUGCUGUUAAAGCAUAAUAAAUUACUGUCUUUAACUAUUGUUAAUUCAGCUAAUUAAACAGGAAAAAUACUA